AUGGCCCCAACGACGACCUCCGAUGCCAGAGCUUCCACGUUCAGCAUGAAGCUGCUAGUGGACACCAAGGCCGGGCGCGUGCUGUACGCGGAGUCCGGCAAGGACGUCGUCGACUUCCUCUUCUCCCUCCUCGCCCUGCCCGUCGCCACCGCUGUCAAGCUUCUGGGGAAGGACGCCAUGGUCGGGUGCGCCGGGAACCUGUACGCGAGCGUCGAGAAGCUCGACUCCACCUACAUCCAGGACGGCGCGUCCAAGGAGGCGCUCCUCUCCCCCACCGUGCUCUCGCUCUCGUCCAACAACUCCCUUCUCCGCCUGCCGGAGAAGACCUUCUACAGGUGCCCCAACACUCGUAUGAGCAGCUGCUGCAGCACCUACGUUACGUGCGUGCACCACAGUGCGUGCCCGACCUGUGGCCGCAUCUGCACGAUGUUGGCGACGGCCGGGUUCGUGCAGGGCAUCGUGAACGUGAAGUACAUGGUGCUGGACGACCUGACGGUGACGCCCAUGUCGACCAUCUCCGGCAUCACCCUUCUCAACACCUUGGCGGGGAGGGACGUCGGCGAUCUCCAGGAGAAGAACGUGCAGCUCGGCUACAACGAGGGUUUGGCGAUUCUGAAGGCGUCGCUGCAGUCCAAGACCGUGACCGUCCUCACUGACGUCUUCCUCGGCAACAACAAGACCCAGCGGGCGGUCCUGCUUGAAUGGACGUGCGGGUGA